AUGGCCGUGAGCAUGGUUAAAGAAGAAGCGAAGCCAACGGUCUUUUGCUCGCGGAAUGAGAACCACAGACGUCGACAAAGACAACGAGUGACUUUCAAAAGCAAAUGCAGAGAUGGUUUCGUCACGAUAAAUGUGAGCGGUCGAAGAUUUCAAGUGCAAAACGACAUCUUCGAGAAAUACCCAGGUAAUCUUUAAAAUAUCCAUACCGUAUUUGUGAAAUCGAACCAGCCAUUUUUGUCCAUAAUGUUGGACGGUCUUCGUCAAGAACCACAUUUUCCUUUCUUUUUUUUCUAUAACUUAGUUCUAUAUUUUAGUACUUGAAGUUUAAUUUUAUCAGCAAGGUUAAAGUUGACUGCCAAGAAGUUUAUCUCUGCAAAAUCGUCUUAAUAUUGCAGUAAUUAUAACAUAUACCAUUUUUAAUUUAUUAUCGUAAGCGCCCGACUGUAAACGCGAUGAAAUAAGAAGAGCUUAGCUUUUGUAGGAGCUUAAAAUUUACUGCAGAAGUCGACUAAAUCCAAGAUUAAAACAGAAAAAAAAUUACAUGGCUCAAGAUCUAAGGUUUGCCGGACAAGUACUUUAAAAAAAAAAUAUAGUUAAAUGUUUUAUAUGAAACUGUCAUGGGUUACUUUUAGUCCCUACGCAUGCAUUCGUCAAAUAUGGGAGGUAACCGUUUAAAACACCGAGGGUUAUUCGAAAUAAUGUUCUGACGAAUAAUGACAGAACCGUUCGUUUAUUUUGAUAUUUAUGUUAAAAAAGGGUAUUUUGACAAUAGAAAAUUUAUAAAUAUUAACAACAAUAAAUCAUUUAGGGACCGCUGCUGUGUUUGGCUGACACUAUAGCAAAGUUAAUUACUUUGUACUCUCUUUUUGGAAGGAGAUUUUCCAUGGCCGAUUGGUUGUUUUUAUUUUUUUCGUUAUUGAAAUGAUAUUACACCGUACGGAGGUACAAGAAAAACAAACCAAAUGGUGACUAUGGGAUCCUGUUGCCAGAAUGAAAAGAAAAAUAGUUCUCGAAAAUGCCAAGUUGAAGGCCAUGUAUACCGUAUAGAAAAUUUCGGACAGAGUUUUUAUUUUUUUUUAUUAACAGAAAAGAGAGAGAGAGAGAGACAACGAAGGGAAUCAGAUAAAAUUUGCUAUUGUAGCUUUCCUUCUAUGGAGUAAAAGCUCAAGAAUUGCACAGUUUCCAGCUUGAAAAACUUCAACUUAAAGACAUUCUGAUGGUCGUUGAUUUUUGUGUAUGUGUCGAGAUAGACGCAUUUGGGCCGAAAAUUUUCGAGUCACGGAACCAAAAAUGACUUAGUAAACCAGUUCAACAAUACAGUGAUGAACGCUAACAAAUGAGGUCGAGAUAAAGUAAUUUUUUACCUUACAGUAUAAUAGCUUUUUGAAACUGAAAUUGUUCGUAAUCUCGAAAUCCGGGGUCUCGAACUCUGGGAUGUGCCUGGAUUGUCGACUCCGUAACCCUGGAUCCUUGUUUUAGCCAAACACUGUUGACUUUUUUGCUUUCUUUCAGAUACAUUGCUGGGAAGCACAAGACGAGAUUCUUUCUUCGAUGAUAAAAGGAAUGAAUAUUUCUUUGAUCGCGACCCCGAACUUUUCACCUACAUAAUUCAAUUUUAUCGUAAGGGAACUCUGCACUUCCCGGAAGAUGAAUGCGCGUGCAGUUUCAAAGGUGAGCUGGACUUUUUUGGCAUUGUAAAUAAUCAUUUGGGGGAUUGCUGCUAUGAGAUUUUCCAAGAAAAACACGACGAUUUUUUGGACUAUCAAAAGCGCCACGCGAAAGCCGAGGACACAGAUUUCGUCCCUAGGACAGUCAGGCAAAAGAUGUGGAAGCUGUUCGAAGAUCCUGAACAAAAUGUCUUGGGAUUGUUAAUGCACUAUACUUCUGCGGUUUUGAUUUUAGUAAGUGUGGUAGCCUCAACUGUCGAGACAUUAAAAUGCGGACAGCAAACAUGUGGAGACAAAUAUUCAGAGCAAUUCUACAUUGUGGAGUCAACUUGUGUCAUAGUUUUUACUGUGGAAUACCUAGCACGAUUAUAUGCUGCACCAAUCCGAUUCAAAUUCAUGAAACAGUUCUUAAGCAUCAUCGACGUUGUCGCUAUAAUCCCGUUUUACGUUGCGCUGAUUUUUCCAGACGCCGCUGGUGGUCCUUUCACGGUACUUCGCGUUUUUAGAAUUUUCCGAAUCGUUAAAAUGUCGCGGCAUAAUACCAAGGUUAGGGAAGCCGGAUCUUCUCUUCUAGCUAGUCUAUCCGAACUGAGCUUCGUGUUUGUGGUGCUAACGACUCUUGUCAUAUUGUUUUCAACUAUUAUAUACUACGCUGAGAUGGGGGAUGAAGAUACCAAGUUCGUCAGUAUCCCAGCAACGUUUUGGUACGUCAUUGUCACCAUGACAACCCUAGGGUGAGUAGGAAGUUCCCUGACCGUGCACAGUCCUUUGUUUGUUUUUUUUUUCACAAGGUGUGGCUGAAUAAAUUAAUGAAUUGUUUCUAUUGGUCAGUAAGAUAAAAAUGAUAGGAAUGUUAUAGAACGUCGUGCACGAUCAAAAUCUAAAAAAGCCAGCAAAAACGUAAACAAAGAAGUCUAAGGGUUUCAUAACCAUUAAUAACUAUGAUCAAUGUCGGUGUUUGCUUUAGGUAUGGUGAUAUGACGCCCUUCAGCUUGAUCGGUCGACUGACUGGAAUCGUCUGUUCGCUGAGCGGCAUCAUGGUCGUUGCGUUACCAGCACCGGUUCUGGAAAAGAACUUCAACCGAAAGAAAGAAGAAGGUAGACCGGAUAAAGAAGAUAAAGAGAAAACUGGCGACUCAAAACACUCCAGCCGUGUUUCUUCUUCGAAAUGA